AGCUAAGCAUUAACAAGGAGGAAAUAAAGAGAAGGCGGAGGAUUCGAAACAAGCAAGGGAGAUAGAAAUUAAAGAUAAAACGUAGCAGUUUUCUUUGAAUCUAUGCGCCUGCGCAAUUUUUUUUUUUAAAAAAAGCUUUUUUCAAACCACCCAAAUGUCAAAGACAGGAAAAUUCUCACAGACUUGCAAAACCUGUUUUGGAAGAAAAAGCGAAAACGGGCGAGGACAGCGCUCGAAAGAAACACGAUCCACAAAAGGCGAUUCUUGUCACUUCCGUUUGACGAAGACCACGUGAUAAAUAAAGAAACUCAGGGAAUCGCCUGUAGCGGGAAACGAAAGUGAAAAUGCUACACGGUCAGGCUGAUUAGAAGAGUUUUUCCGCUAUCCCGAAAGAUGGCAGAGAGAGCAAGGAUGUGCCCCUUUCCUGUGCUGGUGCAGGGAACCUGGGGGAGCCCCGAUCCCCCCAAAAUUUUGAGAAAUAAAAUCCUCCGCUACUUUCAAAGCCGGAAAAAAUCGGGAGGUGGAGAAUGCGAGAUCCAGAAGCAAGGGGGGCAGAUCUUGGUUUGCUUUGCCCAGGAGGAAGUGAGGCAAAGAGUUCUCUCCCAGAAGAUCCAUGAGUUUGAUGUGACAGGAAGAGGAACAGUAAAGCUGGAAGUCUCCCUGUAUGAAGCAACAGACCCAGAGAAAGAUAAUGCAGCUAAGGAGGAAAUAAUUCCUGGGAAGGCUCUGAAAGAAGAAGGCCAAGCAAAAGAGAAGGAAGUGCAAGACUGCCAGACACAGAAUGAUACCCUAAGAAGUGGGCCAGCUGAGGAAGCUCCACAUUCUGAGAAGGAUAUUCUUGACUAUCCUCAAACAUCUUCACAAGUAGUCCUUGAAAAUGUUGAAGAAAAUAUCCACCCGGACACAUUAACGCAACUGGUAGAUAACAUCAAUGCUCUUUCGGGAGAUAGUACCUUCCAUAUUGAACAGAUAAAUGAGAAGAAGGCUGCAGUGAUAACCUUUCAGCAAAGCACUGCAGCUGCAAAUUUUCUUAAGCAAUGUUCUAAGAACCGCAGAUUCCAGCAGUACAGACUUACAGCCAGACCCCUCGAAUUGACUAAUGUAAUCAAAGUUGAGAAUAUUCCAGCUGCAACAUCCAGCGAAUUCCUAACUCUUUACUUUGAAAGUCCAAAAAAAGGAGGAGGGCAAGUGUCCGAUAUUCAGAGGUUACCUACAGAAGAUUCAGCUCUGGUUAAAUUUGAUGACUCCCAAGCUGCCCUGACAGCAUUGAAAAAGCAGCACUCAUUAAAUGGCCAGUCAGUCCUGGUUUAUCCAUUCUACAGUUCAUUGAAUACAGUUUUGUAUGGAAAGGAGAAGCCACAAAUCAAGAUGCCGGAAUCAAUCAGUGUCCCUUUAGAUCCUUAUAUAUGGCAAUUUCUACAAGGAAAGUAUAAAUUAAUCCAAGAAAUAGAGAAAGAAAUGGCCAAUUGUUUCUGUGAAGUAAUAUGGCCCCAGGCAACUUGUGAGCAACCAGAACUCGUACUGUCUCCCUCAGCUAUCGUAGCUAAGCAAGGAAAGUCCAUAAAAGAACUGGCUAGGUCUUGGAAAGAUAAAGUUUCUGAGGAGUUUGCAUGCAUCCUGUCAAAGUUCAAGACAGUUAAAUGCAAAAUCAUUCCAGAAGCAUGGGAGAUCCUUGAAAGCAAUUUGUUAAAAAAUGUAUUGGCUGUGCCGGACGACUCCAAAAAUUGUGUUACUCUAGCUGGUUUUGCAUUCACUGUGGGUAGUGUGGAGAAAGAGUUGAGGGAAUAUAUAGAACAUUUGACCAAGGAUGCUGAAAUAGCCAGGCAAACAUUACAGCAAACGUUGUCAAUUUCCCCUGUAAAGUAUAAACUUUUGCAGCAUAUCUUGCUACAAGAGAAUAUCAGUGAGGAAAACACUGGGCUGAAAUGGAGUUAUGAUGCUUCAGCAAAGCAGUUGCAACUGAAUGGGAUACUUACAGAGGUUUACAAAAUGAAAAGUGACUUACUAGAGAAGAUGUUCAGGAUAGUGGAGAAAAAUGUCAAUAUUCAUCCUUCUAUUUUUCAAUUCCUACAAAGGGCAGACCCUGUUAAAUUGUCAUGGAGCCUGUUUACGGAAAAUAAAAUUAAUGCCGUCUAUGAACUUACACAUGAUUCUAUAGCUUUGGUAGGAUAUUCUCCUGAAGGCCUCUUAAAAGCAGAGGAACAAAUAAAGAAAUGUUUGAAUCAUGAAUGCAUUACAUUGAAGGACCAGGAACUCAUCCAUAGAAAGCAAUGGAAAGAACUAAUUAAGCAUCUUCAGAAGCUAAAUAAUUCUGUUGAAGAAAGUGUAAUAAUUGAGGACUGGAUUGAUUUGGAUGGAGAUGCUAAAAUUAUUGUGGCUGGUUAUACAAAAGUUGUAGCAGAUGUCUACCAACAACUUUCUGAUUUUGUUGAAAGAAACACCCUCACACAAACAGUAAUUCCUGCCAGGUCAGUGGCUAUGGUGCAGUUUAUAGAGGAGGAAAAACAGAAGGUUUGGUGUGAUUUGAACCAGAAAGGCCUGAUAAUUAAUUUUGGACUCAUGCCAAAACAGAAGAACAUUGUCUUGAGUGGACCCAAAGUAGAAGUGACAGAGGCAGCAGUGAUGGUACAACAAAUGCUGUCUUCACUGCACUCUGUGAAUGUAGUGUUUGAUAAACCUGGAGUGAAAGACUUUUUCAAAAACCAAGAACGUUACUAUGUUAACCAAGUGAAAACAGAAUUCAGCUGUUUGAUCAGAUUGCAAAGAGAAGAUGAGAAAAACGGAGGUUCUGUGGAAACUCCACAACACCUUCAAACCAAGAUAGACUUAAAAAAUGGUGUGGUGAUACAGGUCUGUAUGGGAGAUCUGACCCGUUAUCAAGCUGAUGUUGUGGUCAACGCAUCAAAUGAAGCACUGAAGCACAUUGGUGGCCUUGCCAAUGCUUUGCUAAAAGCGGCUGGCCCACAGUUGCAAGAUGAAUGUGAUGGUCUCAUACAGAAACAUGGAGAGCUGAAGCCUGGCUGUGCAGUAAUCACAGGAGCUUGGAACUUGCCGUGUAAACAGGUGAUUCAUGCUGUUGGGCCAAGAUGGACCAGUGGCGACAAAGAAAACUGUAUACAACUAUUAAAGAAAGCUGUAAGGGAAAGCUUAAAACUGGCAGAAAAAUUCAGUCAUCGCUCCAUAGCUAUCCCUGCCAUAAGCUCUGGGAUUUUUGGAUUCCCAAUAAAAGAGUGCACUCAUUCCAUUUUAACAGCCAUUAAGGAAACCUUAGAAGAAUUUUCUGAGAACAGCAGCCUGAAACAGAUUUGCCUGGUAGAUAUGACCCCCAAAACAGUUCAGGCUUUUUCUGAUGCUUUACGCGAAGUGUUUAAAAGUGGACCACCCCAGCCCACAUCACUGUCUUCUCGAUCAAACAGUCAACUUAUGGAGAGUAAAGACGAUCUUGUAGUGACUUCUCAUGAAGGUCUGAAACUUAUCCUAGAAGAAAAAGGCAUCGAAGAUGCUACGACAGAUGUUAUCGUAAGCACUAUUGGUGAGGAUCUAAAGCUUGGCGUAGGCCCACUUUCAAAAGCUGUGCUGCAGAAAGCUGGAGUUGAGCUUCAAGAUGAGUUUGAUCAAGUGGUCCAAAAUCAAGGAGCCCUAGACAACUGUGUAAUUCCAACCCACGGGCAUAAUCUUGGCUGUGUUUUGUUCCACAUUAUAGUUCCACAAUGGGAUGCAGGAAAAGGGAAUGCAAUCAAGAAACUUCAAAAUAUUAUGAGGAAAUGUCUGGAGAGGACUGAAAUGUUAUCAUUAAAGUCUAUCUCAUUCCCAGCCAUUGGGACUGGAGGUUUUAAUUUUCCAAAUUCUGAGGUGGCUAAAUGUAUGUUUAAGGAAAUACUUACGUUUAGUAGAAAGAAGAAUUUCAAGUCCCUUCAGAAAGUUCACAUUCUCCUACAUCCAAAAGAUAAAGACAAUAUAAAGGCAUUUACAGAGGUUUUUCGAUCUGGGAUUGAUGGUAUUCUCCAGGCUGCGCCACCGAGCAGUGAAGAAAUGGCAGGUUUCUUUGGAUCCCUUUCUACUUCAGCUUUAGGGAAUAAUGAAAUGCAGAUUGGAUCCAUUACCUUCCAGUCAAUGAUAGGAGAUAUUAUAAAGGAAAACACAGAUGUCAUUGUGAAUUUGACCAAUGAAAACUUCACAUCCAAAUUAGGUGUCUCCAAAGCAAUUUUGGAAGCUGCAGGACCUGAAAUUGAAGCAGAAUGUGUAAAACUUGCCUCUCAGCCUCACAGUGGAUUUGUAACUACACAGAAUGGCAAACUAAGCUGUAAAAAAAUUAUCCACCUGGCUCCUUGCUCCAGCAUCAAAACUCUGGUCUCCAAAGUUCUUCAGGAAUGUGAAGCAAAACAGUAUGCCUCUGUAGCCUUCCCUGUAAUUGGAACAGGUCAAAGAAGAGGGAGUCCUGACGAAGCAGCUGAUGAUAUCAUCAGUGCAGUUGCUGACUUUGCAGGAAAACAGUUGCCUCGAUACUUGAAACUUGUUAAAGUUGUUGUUUUUCAGCCACAUAUGCAAAAAUCCUUUUCUACCAUUUUGAAAAAUAAAGAAGGUCGGGCAUUGCCCACUUCCGAAUCAAUGUUUUCUAAGAUUAAAGCACUUGUAACUGGUCGGAAGUCACCUGCUAAAAAGAAAAGUUUUAUAGUGUUGGAGAAGAAGAUUGAGACGUCAUCUUUUGAGAUAUGUGGCGAAAACAAGAAAAACGUGGAAGAGGCUGAAGCCUGGCUAAGGACAUUGAUUUUCAAGGAACAGACAGAAAAUCACAUUGCUGAUGAGUUGAUAGACACGUUUGCUGAUGCCGAAAUCAAGAGACUGAAUGACCUCCAGAAAAGAUUGAAUAUUGCCAUUCAUCUGAACAAGACGGAGUCUCCUCCUUUUAUUUUGGUAUCUGGAAUCCCCCGGGAUGUCCUCACUGCUUUCACAGAAAUUCAGAAGCUAUUAAAAACACUUAAAGCUGACCAGGAAAAGAAAUCCAAGGCAGAACUUGUUAAAGUUUUGGUUGAGUGGCAGUAUUGUGCAAACGGAAAUGUCUUUCUACCUUUUGAUACAUUAAGUAACCUUGAUUUAGAAGAUGCUAAAAUGAGCAAAAAGGGACAAAUUCAGGUCCAAAUUCGGGGACAAAAGUACACAGCCGACCUGAACAAGAUGUGUGUUGUAGAUAACCAAGGAAAAAGUAUGAAAAUUAAACGUGUUGGAAAGGAUGAAGGCAAACUAUUAGAACAUCUUCCUGAACAUUGGGAAGAUAUGAAAGGAAAUCAUGUCAAACUAGUUCCACUCCAGCCCACAGCAGGAGAAUAUAAGGACAUUGAAAAGAUAUUCCGAAUUGGCUGUCCUACAUUCCCAAUUGAAAAGAUUGAAAGGGUACAGAAUCCUUAUCUCUGGCAAGCCUAUCAAGUCAAGAAAAAGCAAAUAGAUACACAAAAUGGGCAUGGAAACAAUGAGAAGAUCCUUUUCCAUGGGACUCCCUUUUCCACAGUGGUGCCAAUUUACCAGACUGGCUUUAACCGCAGUUAUGCUGGAAAGAAUGCUGCAUCAAUUGGUAAUGGGACCUAUUUUGCCGUCAUCUCAAAUUAUUCUGCUCAGGAAAUUUACUCCCCGCCAGACCCAAAUGGCAGAAAAUAUAUGUACGUUGCCCGUGUUCUGACUGGAGAUUAUUGUAUUGGAAGACCCGGACAGAUUAUACCUCCAUCCAAAAAUAAUGGCGGGUUUGACAUAUACGACAGUGUAACUGACAACGUGAAUCGACCAUCAAUGUUUGUUAUCUUUCACGAUGCUCAGGCUUACCCAGAAUAUCUAAUUACUUUUAGAAGAUAGGUUAACAGGCAAAACGUGAUUUAUUUCCCUUUCCUCUGAUUAAAAGCAAGUAAUUUGAAUGAACCUUUUUAAAAUACUUGUCACUUGAAUCUCGAUUCAGAAUUUAGUUCCUCUAGAGCAGGGGUGUUAAACUGCUGGCCCAUGGGCGGGACGCCUCAUGCGGAGGCCGUGCCCACCCCAUUGCCGGCAAUGGGAAAACCGUCCCGAUACAUUGCGCGACGUCACAUGACAUUGCGAAUUUCACAUGUCUGCUCUAGAGUGGAAAAGACUAAAAUAAUUUAAAUCCAAUAGAGGUCAGAAAAUUAUAUUCAAGAGAGGAUAGAACAUGAUGAUUUUCUGGAUAGAGAAUGUAUUUGAAGGAAAUGAUAGAACUAAGCAUUGCAAUCUUGUAAAUACAAUGAAGAUAUAUAGAUAAUCCUCGACUUAAGGAACAAUUUGAAGUCUGCUUAACACUGAUCAGAUUUUCAAAGUGUCCCUUUCAGUUUCAAUGAAGGCCAUUUUGCACCUCAAAUGAAAGAAAACAAUGGGUGCUUUUUCUAGAGGAAGACACUGAUGCUUAAAACUGCCAAAUCAGUGUUUUCUCCUAAUUUUUUUUCCUGGUGGUUCUCUCCAUUCUGAAUUCUGAACUUUGCUAUCAAGUCACUUGUCCUCCACCAAUUUACCUGGUUUUUUUUCCUGGAUUAUUCAGCACCUGUUUCUGCAUGUCCAAAAACUUCAUUUCCCUCUGGUUAUAAGCAAGUUAUGAGCAAAAUUAUUUUUCGUUAUUUCUGGAGAAAUGGUUAGCAACAUCUAUCUAUCAGUUAAAUAUGUCUAUUAUUGCUCGAGAAGGUAGUAAGAAAACAUUCCACUGUAAAGCUGAGAAAACUUGUAGUAGUUUCCAUCUCGUCCUUAAUCCAAAAUGGUUCCAUGCUUAUGGUAUUUAGAAGAGAAUGGCUUAUGAGAAAUUUUACUAUCAAAUGGUGUUAAAAUAAAAGCCAGUUGUGCUUUACGACAUUGUAUCAGACUGAAAAACAGUAGAUUCACCCUACAGCCAUGAAUUGGUCACUCCAGCUGCAGAUGCUGGUGACCUUCUUGAAAGGGCUUGAAGCUCACAAAGUAGCCAUAGAACAACUUUAGUUGUUUUCAGACAAUGCUGCAAAGAGCCACAUCUACCUGUUGAACUUCACAAGUCAGAAAGUGGUAGCUAAAAUUUUCCUAUCUCCAAAGAAGAACUGCCAUCUCUAGUUGAUUUUCCUCACUACCAUUUAUAAAUAUAACAAAGUGAUGUCAGCUCUCUGUCAGAUGAUGCCACAUUUUAAUUAACUAGGGUUAUCUUGGCCUACAUACUGAAGUGCCUGUAUUUAUAAUCUUUUUAAGAAUUACCUCUUGUCAUGUAGUCGAAUAAACUCUUUCUGAAAAAAA